CUAAAAUUUGUCCCGCUCCAGCCCCUGACUAUCCGAACUCGCCUAUAGACUUUAGGCGAGUUCGGUCAGUCAGGGGCUGGAGCGGGACAAAUUUUAGGGUGCUUUUAAAUGACAUUUAAGCGUGUUAAACUGUCACUAAUCGGACUAAACCUAACGCUAAAAGGGUCGUUUGGAGUUAAAAGUGUUAAAGGAGUUAAAGGAACUUGGCAGACCGAACGCAAUGUAUAGAACCAUUUAUCUGUCAAAAGUCAAAAUCAAUCAAAAAUAAGAUUAGUCCUCCAUGCAGUUAGCAGUCAUAAGAAAAAAGAAAAACCGAGUUUUCCUUUUCCUAAAUUAAAUAGAAAUGGCUGGAAUUUUAGUAAAGAGUUAUCGGUUUUGUAUUAAAAGCUCUUUACAAUUAAGAUCAUUAUCGACAAGACCUUUAGCGGUCAGUUUAAUAAGUAAAGGUAAUGAAACAUUGCAGAAUUAUUGCCCACAAAUAAAAUCUGGGUCUCUAAUAUUAACGCAGAGACUUACACCACAAGAGCGAAGUUACAGUUCUAAGCCGCCACUGUCUUUGAAACUUAUUACAGACAGAGUUCUGUUAGUAUUAAAAUUAUAUGAUAAAAUUAAUCCUGAAAAGUUAUCUUUAACAUCCCACUUUAUCAAUGAUCUUGGAUUGGAUUCAUUGGAUCAUGUAGAAGUUAUUAUGGCAAUGGAAGAUGAAUUUGGCUUUGAAAUACCUGAUGCUGAUGCAGAGAAAUUAUUAAGACCUGCAGAUAUUGUAAGAUAUGUGGGUGAUAGAGAAGAUAUUUACGAAUAAAAUCUGCAAAAAGUUAAAUAGGUUUAAUUUCUGUAUUUUUUUGUCAAUAUAGAAAUAUUGUUAUUUUUAAGUUUAUUUAAUAUAAAUCGUACAUAAAAUUACUG